AAUGUCUAUUUUUAGCAAUUUUCCAUCAGGUCACAUUAUUUUCAGAAGGAGUUGUCAAAUAGACAAAGUUAAUUCAACGAUUUAUAUUUUUGAAUUUAAUGGUAAUAUGGCUGACGUCGUUGAGCCACUAACCUUGUCUAGAGAUGUAAAAAGAUCAAUAGAGCUGCUCGAGAAGCUGCAAGCGAGCGGGGACUUUCCAACAACCAAGCUUGCUGCUUUACAGAGGGUUUUAAGCUCAGACUUUAUGACUUCUGUUCGAGAAGUUUAUGAACACGUAUAUGAGACGGUUGAUAUACAAGGUUCACAUGAUGUUCGUGCUUCUGCGACAGCUAAAGCAACCGUUGCUGCUUUUGCUGCCAGCGAAGGACAUGCGCACCCUCGAGUAGUUGAACUACCGAAAACAGAAGAAGGACUGGGUUUCAACGUAAUGGGUGGCAAGGAACAAAAUUCUCCAAUUUAUAUAUCUCGCAUUAUACCGGGAGGAGUUGCGGAUAGACAUGGAGGUCUCAAAAGAGGCGAUCAAUUGCUGUCAGUCAAUGGAGUGUCGGUUGAAGGGGAAAACCAUGAAAAGGCAGUUGAAUUGUUAAAACAAGCAAUCGGUUCUGUAAAACUUAUAGUUCGUUACACACCAAAGGUUCUCGAAGAGAUGGAAAUGCGUUUCGAUAAGCAGCGUAAUACCCGCCGUCGUCAAUAGUCCAAAUUUAAAAAAUAACAAAGUAUUUAAAUUUAUGUGUUUAAAUAAAACCUUAAUUUUAUUAACUUAAAACUCUGUUGAUUGUUGCUCGAAUAAAGCGACAUGAAUAGCUAUAAUCUAAUGUUAAAAAAAUAA